CGCGAAUUCUAUCCUUGCUCUAUCUAAAAAGUAAUUAAUUAAGCUUUUUCCAAUCACAUUUAAAAGUGAAUUAAUAAAUCAAAGUAUUCGUAAGGUCUGAUAGAUCAUGGCAAGAAACUUUACAAGCUUAACUGCUGGCUCAUUGGAACGUAUAAACAGAGGUGAGGAUGUUCCAUGUCCAAUAGUUGUUCAAGUCCUUGGAAUUAAGAGAAUCCCAUCAUCAAAUCCAGGAGGGCAGGAUAGAUACAGAUUAGUUCUUACAGAUGGCGUCGACACUCAUAAUUUCGCAAUGCUUGCAAUUCCUUUAAAUUCAAUGUAUGAAGAUGGUCAGUUGACUGAAUUUACAAUCGUUCGCAUCGAUAGAUUCGUGCCAUCAAAGGUCAAUAGAAAUGAUAACAACGAAAGGCAAGUCUUGAUCGUUUUUGAGAUGAGUCCAUUGCAUCCUGGUCACGAAGUAGGAACGAAAAUUGAAUCAACAAAGCCAGCUCCGAAAGCAUAUAAUGCCCCAGCACCACAAGCUCAAAAGGAGAAUUACAGUGGAAAUUCUAAUAAUUACAGUUCAAAUAAUCAAAAUUCAUCAAAGGCAAACAUGUCAAUGAAUGCUUCUGCUUCUGAGGAACUAAGUGGACAUCUUACAAUGCCAAUAGAUUCAUUGAGUCCAUACCAAAAUAAAUGGGUCAUUAAGGCUCGUGUCAUGUCUAAAUCAGGCAUACGUACAUGGAGUAAUGCAAAAGGUGAAGGAAAGCUGUUCACAAUGGAUCUUUGCGAUGAAACUGGUGAAAUUCGAUGCACAGGAUUUCGUGACUUGGUUGAUCGUUACUACGAAAUGAUUGAAGUUGAUAAAGUCUAUUAUAUUAGUAAGUGUCAACUUAAGCCUGCUAAUAAACAAUAUUCACAGCUUAAGAAUGAUUAUGAAAUGACAAUGAACAGCGAUACACAAAUUCAGCCAUGCAUUGAGGAAUAUUCAAGCAUUCCAAAAUUAAAGUAUGAUUUGGUAACCAUCACUGAUCUUGCUGGAAAGGCACCGGAUUCAGUUAUUGAUGUUAUUGGAAUUUGUAAGGAAGCCGGUCCAGUUCAGACGUUUACGUCUCGUGCUAAUAAGGAAUUGACUAAACGUGAAGUAACCUUGAUUGAUCAGAGUAAUGCAAGCAUUUCAUUAACAUUGUGGGGAAAUGAAGCACAGAAUUUUAAUGAUUUUGAUAAUCCCGUUGUGUUCCUAAAAGGAGCUAAGCUUGGUGAAUAUAAUGGAGGCAAAACUCUUGGUGCUCUCCAAAGUACAGUCAUCAAAAUUAAUCCAGACUUACCAGAAGGUCACAGACUUCGUGGAUGGUUUGAAAAUGGUGGAAGUGAUGGCAACUUUGUUACUUUAUCAACACGUUCAGGUGGUGGAAAUGUAUCAACAGAAUUCAGUACAUUCCAUGAAGCUAAAUUAAAGAAUAUGGGUGCUGAAAAGCCUGAAUAUUUCCAAAUAAUGGGUAUGAUACACACAAUUCGAUCUGAGAACAUGAUGUAUAAAGCAUGUCCAAAUGGUGAAUGUAACAAGAAAGUCGUUGAUUUGAAUAAUGGAACUUAUCGGUGCGAUAAAUGCAACAUUGAAACUUCCGAGUAUAAAAAUCGCUUGCUUGUUAAUAUGAUGAUUGGAGACUGGACAUCAAAUCGUUGGGUGACAUUCUUCUCAGAACUUGGUGAAAAGAUCCUGGAGAAGAAAACUGAUGAAAUUGCACAAUUGAUGGAAGGCGAUAAGAAGGAAGCUGAGGCUUUCAUCCAAAGUGCUCUUUUUAAGCCAAAGAUCUACAAAUUGCGUACCAAAGUUGAAACUUAUGGAGACGUACCAAGAAACAAGAUCAGUGCUAUUGCUGUUGGAGAGACAAAGAUCAGAGAUUACAAUCAAUACCUUUUGAAGAAUAUUCGAAGCUUGACAGGAAUUGAGAAACAUUCCUCAUUAAUUAAUAGAACCAAAACGACUCUUACUGGUCCUAAUGUUGAAAUCAUUAAGAAAAAUACACUGCCAGUACCUAUAAUCUCAACAAAGUACAAAAGUAAAGUCAAAGAUCCCGUAAAGGAAUUUAUUCAGACAAAGAGCGAAAAUGAGCGUGAGAAGACACUGAUAGAAUCUAGAUUAGUUAAAUAUUACAGAACUGGCAAGAUAAGUCGUGAAAAUGACGUUACCAGCAGGAAUUUAAAGGAAUACAUCACAAAAAAGUUACUAGAUCCAGUGCCAUAUAUUGAUCCUUUAGAAUGUUUUGACUUCUAUCCUCAUCAUGGAACUUUAAAAUGUCUCGAAACUGAAGAUAAGGAUUAUCUAGUAUCAAUUACGGCUAAUGAAGCUUUUCGUUUCAAUCAAAUUUGUGAUAAAAUGCCAUUUAAAGGUUUAAAGCCAGUUCCAAAAGCACAGUCGCAUCCAACAGAACUGAUAGUCAAUGACACUUCAGAUUUCAUAGCAGCUAGAUAUAGAAAUACUGUUAAAAUAGCAAAGCUUUCAGAUGAAGGCACUUUAAACGAUAGAAAGGUCAUCGAGACAAUUGAUAAGUUUGAGCAUAAAAAUGACCUUUUUGCUAGUUCCUUAAAUGAAUGCUACUUAACAACUAUAGACUCAAAGUAUAGAUUAAAAAGACUUAAUUUAAUGCAUCGAUAUGAGGAUGUAGAUGUUAAAUUAACAGAUUACUUUUUUGACGAGAAGCUCCUGCCAAUUAGCUUGUCAACACCCAUAGACACAACUUUGAAGAAAAACUGUGCAUCGUUCACGACAAGAUAUAAUUUUGGUAUCGUAGAUUUUAGGAAUAAACAAAGGAUGUCCUUAGUAAAUCAUUUUGAUUCAUCUGAAGAUUUGGUCUUUAAAUGCGAGAAGAUUUUUAAUCAUACAAGUUCACAGCUAAGCAAGGAUUUAGUCUAUAUAGCAUCAUCUCAUGUUCUCUACACUUAUGACUAUCGGAAACUUAAAGAACCAGUCGUUUAUUGGACACAUCAGCUAUAUGAUCCACCAAUGAUGCUCAGUACAACAAUGUAUGGACUUAAUGAGAUUAUAUGUGCAUCAAGUCACAUGGUCGGCGACUUAAAAAUAUUCAAUAAUAAUGGAAAAUCAAUAAAUUACUAUCCGUACAAGCCAUACAAUAUUAGAAGCUCAUAUAACAAGUUAAGAGAACAAGGAUUGUUUCUAUUAUCUGAAAAUAUACAGGAACGAGUUAAUGGAAGUAUCACAGGCAUUUGCUUGCAUUAUAACUGCACGAAACUUAAGCUAUUUGUACAAAAUUGCUAUGGAGAUGUUUUUGAAAAUGUCCUAAUAUGUAAGGAAGGUACUAAGGAUGAAGACUCGCUGUCCACAAUUGAAAGGUUCCAGCUUUGGGAAAAUUAUCUUCAAGUUCCUCUAGAUCCAAAUAAGCACCAUACAGCUGAAGAAAGAGUUAGGAAUGGAGAUCUUGUAGUUGAUGAUAUUGUCAAGCUUGAGAGCCUUCCAAAGUUCCUGUCUGACGAAAAGUCUAAUGCUGUCAUUGAUUUGACAAAUUUAGAGCCAGAAGAAUUGCCAAAUUUUAAGCAAAACUGGAAAGUUAAUAUCGGAGAUGCACGGCAAUGCAAAGACUUAUUAGCUAAAGAAAUUAUGUAUUUAUGGGACGAUGUCGAUGAGAGUUUUGAUGCUGACGAAUGGGAAGAAACUAAUCAUAUGGAACGAGCUGAUUUAUCACAAGAAAUUAAAGGAAAGAAUAAAGUAUAUCAAUGGCUUGAAUCUACUCAUAUUGAAAUUGAUGAAGACGUGGAAAUGGACGACAAAUUCUCACCGGACAUGACUUCGACACAAACUCCAAAUGUUGAAGUAAACACCACGAAGAGACGAUCAAGAAUUGUUGGAUUUUAA